AGUCUGCACACUGUGUGAGCCUGUCUGUCAGUCAGUCUGUGAUCAGUCAGUAGGUCAGCAGCUCUUUCUCCUCCACACUUUACUUACUAACUAACAUCCAUCAUGAGGGAAAUCGUGCACAUCCAGGCCGGCCAGUGCGGGAACCAGAUUGGUGCAAAGUUCUGGGAGGUGAUCAGCGAUGAGCACGGCAUCGACCCAACGGGAACCUACCAUGGAGACAGCGACUUGCAGCUGGACAGGAUCAGUGUGUAUUACAACGAGGCCACUGGUGGGAAAUAUGUGCCCAGAGCCAUCCUAGUAGACCUGGAGCCAGGCACCAUGGACUCAGUCCGCUCCGGACCCUUUGGACAAAUCUUCAGACCUGACAACUUUGUCUUUGGUCAAAGCGGAGCGGGAAACAACUGGGCCAAAGGUCACUACACGGAGGGGGCGGAGCUGGUGGAUUCGGUCCUGGAUGUGGUGAGAAAAGAGGCUGAGAGCUGUGAGUGUCUGCAGGGUUUCCAGCUUACACACUCCCUGGGAGGAGGCACUGGCUCCGGCAUGGGCACCCUGCUCAUCAGCAAGAUCAGGGAGGAGUAUCCAGACCGCAUCAUGAAUACCUUCAGUGUGGUGCCCUCUCCUAAGGUAUCAGACACUGUGGUUGAGCCGUACAAUGCCACACUGUCAGUCCACCAGCUGGUAGAAAACACAGAUGAGACCUACUGCAUUGACAACGAAGCCCUUUAUGACAUUUGCUUCCGCACUCUCAAACUCACAACGCCCACCUACGGCGAUCUCAACCACCUGGUUUCAGCCACCAUGAGUGGCGUGACCACUUGCCUGCGUUUCCCCGGCCAGCUUAACGCUGAUCUGAGGAAGCUGGCGGUCAACAUGGUUCCCUUCCCUCGCCUCCACUUCUUCAUGCCUGGCUUUGCUCCUCUGACCAGCAGGGGGAGUCAGCAGUACCGCGCCCUAACGGUGCCCGAGCUCACCCAGCAGGUGUUUGAUGCCAAAAACAUGAUGGCAGCUUGCGACCCUCGCCACGGACGCUACCUGACGGUGGCAGCUGUGUUCCGUGGCCGCAUGUCCAUGAAGGAGGUGGAUGAGCAGAUGCUGAAUGUCCAAAACAAGAACAGCAGCUACUUUGUGGAGUGGAUCCCCAACAACGUCAAGACGGCGGUCUGCGACAUCCCACCACGUGGCCUCAAAAUGGCCGUCACCUUCAUCGGCAACAGCACCGCCAUCCAGGAGCUGUUCAAACGCAUCUCUGAGCAGUUCACCGCCAUGUUCCGCCGGAAGGCCUUCCUCCACUGGUACACUGGAGAGGGCAUGGAUGAGAUGGAGUUCACAGAGGCAGAGAGCAACAUGAAUGACCUGGUGUCCGAGUACCAGCAGUACCAGGACGCCACGGCCGAGGAGGAGGGAGAGUUUGAGGAAGAAGUGGAAGAGGAUGCCUAAAAGAGUAAUGCAGCAUGUGCUGAAGAAAGAGAAGAAUAACCCAAAAAAAAUCGCAAAAAAGUGAAAAGAAAAAAAAUAUUGUGAUAUGGAGUGAAGGAAUGUAGCAGAGCGAGAAGCAUGGGGGUCUGAAUUGGUUGAUGGAGGGAGAGAAACGAUGGGAAGAAAUGAGAAGGAAGGUUGAAUGUAGGCAGAGAAGUGAACGAGAAGCGGGAUGAGAAACUGGAUAACAAUUACGUGACCAAAUUCAUGUGCCAUGGUUUACAGUUUAUUGUGACGCCAUGUAGGCCGGUUUUUACCAAGACUAGCCUCCCAAAAUCUUUUUUUACACUAAGAUCUUGUCUUGUAGCAAAUGCACAAAUGAAAAGCACUUCUUACACUUCACUUUCAUCACAUAGGAUUGUCUUUUACUGUCUCCUGGAGAGUAAAAAAGAAAAUAUUAGGAAAAUGCAGCGGCUUUGUACUGUGAAGUUAAUUCCUUCAACAAAUGUGCUAAGUUGUUGAAUUACUUAUUUUAAUUACUGAACCUACAAUUACUCAGACUCCAUGCAAGCAAGCUUGUAAAAUUUUUGCCAAAUAUUGAUGUGACAUUACCUCUUGCAUGAAAAACAGUAUUUUUACAUUCAUUGGAAAAAUGUCAUCUCUGUGUUUCUUCACUGAUCUGCAGUACAGAGUUAGAGGUUUUAUUCCAAAGGGUUGAAACAUUUAAACAAGGGUGAAGUCAACGAAUGUCAAGUGUUAGAAACCCUAUAAAUGUGACUUAAAUUGUUUUGGGGAAAACCAGGCCAAUAACUUUGAAAGUCAGCUUCAGAAAUAAGAAUAAUGUCAUUAUCAGUGUUAAUUGCUUUUAUCAGUGUUCAUUGCUUUUGCUUUUUUUGGUCAGCUUUCAAGACCCACUCUCAGAUGAAUGUGAAUUUGGGUAGUCGGUGGAACAAUACUGUCUCCUUUCCUGGUCAACACAUGGAAAGGCAGCUCUCUUUUCAUAUUGUAGUAAUAUUAAACUAUGGAAAAGAAGAAAACUUGUGUCACUCAGCUAAAGGCAGCAGUCGGUUGUUUACGUCACAAAUCCUCAUAAUCAGGUUAUUGUUUUCUCCCUUGAAUUGUAACCUUUAUUCAGAAACCACAAAACAAAAAAUGUUUAGAUUGUCAAUCAGAACAAAGCUCUGUUUCAUUGAAUUCCUGACAAAUAAAUUGACUUCAGUCAGAUACAUUUUCACAGUUAUAAUGCAGCAGCAGCAGUAGCAGGAUUUUUCUCAGACGCCAGCCAACGUCAUGAGGAGGAUCACACACUGCAGAUGCCCAGAUCUCAGGCCAGGCCAUGCAAAGCAUAUUAGCCUUAGCCUCUAACUAUUUUCCAUUUCAUACUAUUUGGGUAUCUUUGAUUCAAAUAGACUUGAGCUCAUCUUGACUAUAAUCAUCUUUGCUGCUGUUGGAUUAGAACCGUGUCUGCCAAGUAUUGUAUUUAAAGAUGGUAGCUCCAUGUGGUCACCAUAAGACAUUGUAUUUGGAUUCAACUAAUGAACAUAUUAGCGGUAUCACAAGAACGUACAACUAAUCUGCAUGUUGAACCUCAGCUUUGAGAAAGACAAACAUGUUGGAGAGAAGUUAAAGGAUGUUUUACCUGUUUUUGUUUUAACUUGAUCUCAUCAUAGUGAGAAUUUGUGUCUACAGCUCACUCUCAGUGUCCAGAAAUGUUCACUUUAACAGCUCAGCUUCUGGUGCUUGUGUGUAUUUGACAUCACACCAAAUCAACAUUUUAUGUUUUACAGUUUCUUGAAACACAUUUCAAAGAUAGCAUGCUUUUACUUUUUAAAGAAAAAGUAAAGGCCAAUUUGCAGUUUUAUAUUUCAUCCUAUAACAUGCGUUGUCCUGUGAAGAAGUGCAAACGUUCUGGUAAAUGUUUACACUCUGAGCCACUACAGUAUGCAUUCAAAUCAGUCCUUUGUGUUCAGUACGUGAUCCUCAACUGUGCUGUCUUUAUGUCUGUGUGUGCUUUAUUGUUUGUUAGUACCUCUUUAAUUCCUGUGGAGCAGUUUGACAUAUAGGAUCCCAGUGACUGUGAAACAUUUACGAGAAAUAAAAAGGCAUUGGCUGGAAAAAGAA